GCCUGAUAGUACUUACUUACUACCAACUCAUAUCUGGUCUUCAUGCGCCCAGAAAAGCCCAGAAACGCUUCAAGGAGUCUUUACAUCACUUGACCAAGUCACCUGGACAGCGCUACUGCUGCCGACUCCCGGGAGUGGGUCGUCUCGUGACUGACCGUCGGCCCGCCGCCCCUCCUACACGUUAAGCGACAUGUAUAAAGAUCAUCGGAGCCGGCGGUGGCUCUCAUCCCACGAUGCUUCUCCGAAUCGCGUCGCUGAUAUUGGGCGCCGCACUCUGCAGCGCGAAGACCCACGGGAGCUGGCCGGAUCCGCUGCCGAUCAAAGGCCCGUUCUUCUUCGUGCACGAUCCGAGCCUCGUGCAGCGCCACGACGGGAAGUACUUCCUAUUCACGACACACGACAAGGCGGGCAUCAUCACUGCGUCCAAACUCGAAGGCCCGUGGACGCCCGUGGGCUCGAUCCUGCCGCACAACUCGAGCAUUCAGCUGCCGGGACGCGAUGAUAUCUGGGCCCCCGAUGUUUCCCUGCACAACGGAGAGUACUUCGCGUACUACUCUGUGUCGACGUUUGGGUCGCAGAACUCCGGCAUCGGACUGGCGACGAGCAGGUCCAUGGAGCCCGGGACCUGGACUGACCACGGGCUGGUUUUCAAUUCCACGACCGGCGACAACUUCAAUGCGAUCGAUCCCAACCUCAGCAUCGACGAGAGCGGGAAGCCGAUUCUCUCCUUUGGGUCUUUCUGGGACGACAUCUUCCAAGUCGACCUGAGCAAGGAUCUCAAGACUGUGAUCAGCAGCCCCGUCCAGGUAUCCUUCAACGGCACAAACCCGCAGCCCGAGGAGGGCUCCUUUGUGUGGAAGCACGGCAAGUUCUACUAUCUCUUUGUCAGCAGUGGUCUCUGCUGCGGGUUCGCUGCGGAUGCUCUGCCCCCCGCUGGCAACGAAUACAAGGUCUUUGUCGGGCGCUCGAAAUCCGCACACGGCCCUUUCCUGGACAAAGACGGCGUCGAUAUGCGGCAGACGGGCGGGACGCUCGUCCUCGGCUCCCACGGCAAUGUCUACGCGCCCGGCGGCCAGGUGAUCUUCACAGACAAAAAGACGAAACAGGACGUGUUUGUGUACCACUACGUCCCCGUCGACAGCCCCUCGCCCUACAACGACACCUUCUCCAGCCUCGGGUUGAACGGGAUCGACUGGAGCUCGGGCUGGCCGGUUUUGACGGAGCUGGAGGCGUAAAAUGGAUUGCUGCUUGUCUUGUGAUUACCGCUAUGUACUCGACUCAAUUUCUAUCAAAUAUACGGAAGUUGCUGCGUGA